AGAAUAUGGGCGAGGAAGACGAAAAACAACAGGUGGACAAACACAACUGGGGAAGCGAAGAACUUUCUAAAGCUGAAUUCAGCAUGAGUUCGAACGGGGAAGAGAGUGAUUUCGAUGAGCAUUACAUUCCAGAAGUAUCCGACACUAGAGAAGAGAAAGAUGAUUUGAAGCUCAAUACUGACGCUCUUGGAAACUUGUUCAAUGCUUCUGCUCCCGCACGGCCCAAGAUUAAUAUCAAGAAAGAGGAUCUGCAACUGAUUAUGAAUGAAUUAGAGCUUCAAGAAGGAACAGUUCGUGCCAAACUUAUCGAAACAAAUGGAGAUGUCCGUGAAGCUCUGCGAUCUCUUUGUGGCCUUUAAUUGAUCGUUUUUACUUGUUGGUAGAAUAAAAAUUGUUUUUCUUGUCAAAA